AAUAAACAGUGUGCUAAAAUUAAUAAAAAGGUUUUUUAAACACUGUCUCACAUGUCUUUGCUGCUCUGCAAAGCAUCAUGGGUUCUGGCCACAGAGAUGGAGAUAAAACUUAUUUUAGCAGAUGUUGCUGAUAUGAAAGUAAAUAUGAGGCAGCAGCAAACAGUUGCAAGGAAGUGAAUUUUGUUAAUAUUUGGCAGUUGUGCCUGUGGAAAUUCCCCAGAGAUUACUAAAAAGGGUAUUUUCUUAGAAAGUGGACAGAGAAUAUACGUAGUCCAGUAAAUUUAAGUUGUUCAUAAUGCUUAGAAACAUUUUUAGCUACACCGAAUGCUGAAGAGUUAAAUGAUCAUCUUUUCUUGUUUGAUUUUUAUAUUUUGAACAUUUGUUGUCAUCGUGUUUCACAUCAUUUCUAUUGUUUUUCCAAGCUGAUAUUGGGGUUUUUUUUUCAUAUUAUUGUGAGUGCUACUACUACUACUCUCGAUUAAAAAUUAUUUGAGAUUUCUCCAAAUACUCUUGAUCCCUCCCUCUCUCCUUACAACAAAACCAGAAGUGACCGCUGCCCCCCAACCCCCACCAGAAACCCCUCCGAUAACACUUUAUUAAGCUUCCUGUCAGUGAAAAAAUUCUGGUUACAGUGAUGUGUAAGGCGAUAAAAUGUCAACAUUAGCAGCAAUCUGAUGCAAAAACGUUGACAUUUCAUAACUGUUGGUUUGCCGAAUCCGCCCAUCACUGAGAGAGGACGGUAGAGACAUUUUAAUAUCAGAUCUGCCUGCUGUUUGCCUGCCGCACUUCGUCCUUUUCAUCCUUCACUUUGUUAAAAGACUGCCUUCAGCUUUGAAGAAUCACAGGAGCCAUGAUUUGGGUAGCUGAAUGUGUGUUUAUGGGUUUCAUCCUCUGCACCUCAGGGUUUGGGGGACAAACAGUUAGGAUCUGUGCCUUAAAGGAUUCUACAGUGGAUCUGCCCUGCUCAGCUAGACGUCCACCCUCCAGCCUGAAAUGGUACACUGCACGCUUGGAUGGCAAAAAUCCUGUUCUGAGUGAGCUCUCUGCAGAUGGAAACCAUGUAACAUAUAACACAUCAGCAGAGAGCACCUUCACUCUGACAAUCAAAGACCUGAGUGAGAGUGAUGAAAAUAUUUACUGCUGCAGAGAUGACACAAAAAGCUGCUGGGAGAACAACAUUGAGCUCCAUGUUUCAGACCUGCAGGUACAUGUGUUUCCCACCAAAGAGGGGCACACAGUAUCACUGAUGUGCAGCACCAGCUGUGCUCUGACUGAAAAUCCUGUAGUCUACAUCUGGUACAAGAACGGAGAGUUCCUCUAUGAGGACUGGUCUCCCUGGUACCAACAGCUGGUCAGCAGUGAGGAAGCAGUCACAUACUCCUGUGCUGUCAAAGGACACGAGCAUCUGAGAGCACCUGAAGUCUCAGUGGAUUCUGUCACAUCGACCUGCUUUAGCGUGACCUAUGCUAAAGGGAGGAUGUGUUCUUAUAAGCAGAAAUCAGUGGAUGAACCUUGCUCCAUCACUUUCCCCAGAGAAUUACGUAUACAAAAUACUACAUCGAAGUUGUUCCUAACACUGACCUGUACCACCAGCUGUCCGAUGGCUGACCCUCAAACAGCCUUUAGGUGGUACUGGAACAAAAAGCUAUACAGUCACUGUGAAGAUCAAGACAUUACAUUUCACAGCCUUUUUUCUGGAACCUUCAUCUGUGCUGUAAAAGGCCAUGAAGGUCUGCGCUCCAAUGAAGUCUGCAGUUCAAGUUACUGCCUGACUGUGAAUUUUGCCAGCAGAAGACUCUGUGCUCUGGAGGGUUCCUCAGUAAACUUUGAAAGUGAAUACACACGGCCCAGUUGGAUAAGCGAAGCAGAAGCAGGCCUAUGGAACAAAAUAAUGAGAUGUGAUAACCAGAUUGCUGAAAAUCCGACCCAGGAUGCAGAUCGUGUGGCUUUUCAUGACGAUAUGAAACACCACAGCACCAUGACAAUCAACAACCUGAAGAAGAAUGACUCAGCAGAAUACACAUUCGGUUUCCACGAAUAUGCUCGUCGAUGGGAUCAUUGUGAUUUACCUACAGUCACUUUAGUUGUCACAGUCCUGAAGGUGACAGUGACUCCUGCUGCAGAUGUGACAGCAGGCCAGAAAGUCACACUGACCUGCAGCACCAGCUGUCCUCUGACUGACACAAACUACAUCUGGUUCUUCAACGGUCGACCUCUGACCCUGACGGAGAGCCAAAACAAACAGCUGGUUCUGUACCCAGUGCGCAGUCAACAUGCAGGAAACUACUCCUGUGCUGCUGAAAACCUCCAAAACAUCAGCUCACCUGUGGAGACUCUCACUGUUGAACCUCUGAUAUCAAUAGCGAUAUUGAAUGCAGUAAAGCUGACUGUUUUGUUACUGAUGGCUGCAUAUCUCCUCUACAUGCUUGUGAGAAAGAGGACAAAACUGUGCCCUGCCGCUAAGAAAAGAGACAAAGUGCAAACUGAGCAGGCAGGCUUGCUGUAUGAGAGCAUCAAGCUCAAGAACUGUACACCAGGCACACGUCCAGCAGAGAAGCAGGUAGACUCUGUGAAUCGGCGUUGCAGAUUUUAGAUGUCUAUGAAUGGGGCUUUGCAGGAGGGCAGAUAAACGACGGUCUCCAAAUGCAGUGAGUUGGACAGCCUGACCUGGAGGUCACAAAAAGGCUUGUGCAAGAUGCCUAAACAGCCUGCCUUAGCAACCAUACGUGGUCGGAUACAAGACUCUUAUCUGAUUCAAACAUCCGUUCAUGAAGGGAAAAAAAAGUAGUACGUUUUCUAUACUGAUACCACCAUCUGAGAAAUUUAGCCUACUCAGUUUUUUUUUCUAACAAAUUUCUUGCUCUGAUUAAAUCUUUUUCUUUUUAUAUUUGAUGUUUUAAUGGCAUAUAUAUCUCACUAUCCCUGUUUAUCUGAUGAUUUCUAAUGUGUAUUGAAUUUCAUAUUUUGUUAUAUAUCAUUUUGCCUUUUUGCUCCUUCCUCCCUCGCAUAUUAUUGUAUGUAUUUUACCGUAAUUGUGCAGAAAGAGUAAAAACAGACUGAUUUCUUAAUUUUUUUUCUCAAAACAUUGCCAAUAAACCACCAAGUUGUCAAGGUGCCCCACUGACUGUGUGAGGGCAAAUUUCAUGGAAACUUUGAUGAACUACAAUACAGACAGUCACUGAUUACAG